AUGUCUCUGACUGGCAACAUCUUCUUUGCAACUGGUGUCUUGCACAACACAGUGGGUAUCCUGGUUCCAGAAUUGGCAGAGCCCUUGUGGAGAAUCAUUGCAGAUGGCGGCAUUGUGGCCACGGAAGAUAUCCAUGAGCGUUAUGCAAGAGAAGCAACGCUUUGGUUCCAGGUGAUUGGGUUUGCUGCGAUGAUACAAGGAUACUAUGUUCGUCACAUGGCUCUGGAAAUGAAGAAACAAGGACUUGAUGAAGAAGCUCCUGUCUGGUUUGGAUGGGCCGUGGUGACACUUGGUGGUGUCAGUGCCUACUGCAUGCCCAUCAGUGGAUUUCAUCUGGCCUACUUGCAGGGACUCCGCGUUUUGUGGAUCCACUACAACCGCCACGGCUCCAAGGGAAGUAAAAAAGUAGUUUAG